AUGGGUUCAAUUCCUCGUUCUCUUCUUGGUUUGGUUUUGGUAGUUUUGCUUGUUGAUUGUUUCGUUGUUGCUGAUGUUAAGGUGGUUGGGAACGAUGAGAAGUUCUUGCAUAAGCCUUUUUUUGGAAAAGGUGUCGAGAGAGGUCUGGGGCAUGGAAUUUAUGGAAAAGAAUUUGGUGGAGGAGAUGGUUUUGGCGAGGGUGGCGGUGGUGAUGGUCUAGGAGGUCUUGGUGGUUCCAGACGUGGAGGCUUAGAUGGAGGUGAUGGUGGUGCUGGUGUCGGGAUAGGCAUUGGAGGCAGGGUAGGAGUAGGUGUUGGCAUUGGUGGUAGUGGUGGUGGUGCUGGAGGUGGUGGCGGUAUCGGCUUCGGUGGCAGUACGGGUGCCGGGGGCGGCGAUGGUGGUGGCAACUAA